AUGGAUUUUUCGCAAUCGUACUACUAUUUCGGUAAUUUAGAAAAGAGAGCAACAUCCUGGAGGUCAAUGUCUUCGUCUAUAACACAUGUCACCAGUGACCUUAAGGCGGGUGAUUCGCUGGACAUAUUGAUCGAAGCUAUCCACAGAUUCCAUCUCCAAAUCCAGCCCAGUAUCGCACUUGAUCCCAAAGAUAUCUCCAAGCCAGGAGAACUCAUAGCCAAGCUCGACAUUCUCCAUGAAUACUACCUGGAAAUUAAAUCUUCGCUUCAAGUCUUUCUGUCUCGCGAACAUAGCCAUCUCUGGCUCUCGUUUAUGUGUGGGAUGGUCGCAGCCCUACGUCGUUUCAAUCAGUACUACUGUGUCAAAUACUUGAAUGCUACAUACUUUGAAGCUGAGUCAUACUUGACUUUGGCACCCCAGAUUUCUACCAGAGUGACUCAGUACACAUUUGAAUAUGCAGCUUACUUGAAAACGAUGUUGGCUGAUGAUGGGGUGUCAAUUGCUACCAUCAUAAAUUGUGCUUCUUCCAGAAGUAUUCGUCACUUCUUCGACAUUUUGAUCGAUUCGCUCGAUUUCAUCUCUAUGGAUAAAGUUGAAGAUGACGAAGACUUACAAAGUGCGGAAGUCAUAUUAGAAGCCGUUCAACAUGGCUUGUUGAGAUACUACGAAACUAUCGACACAUGCAGUUCCCAGAUACGAGAUAACCUUUAUAACAGGGCAUUCUCUACUCUUACCAAUUUCUUACAAGUUGCAUAUACAAUAGGUAAGUCUGAAUUGGUCAUACCGUUCUUUUCCUCGACAAGGAAUGGAAGUGUUCCAAUAAUCAACCCUGAAUCUGCAAUCAAUAUCGUCAGAACUGAUACGGUGAGCCUUGUAGACCUCAUCAACUACUACAAAUUCACGGCAUUUAACUUGACAACUCUAUCAAUAUCUGAAGAAAGCUGUGCAACGAAAUACAACGAGCAGGCUGAUUUGUACUUCAGAAUUUUGCUUAGUUUCCCUAACCUUUCACGCUCUAUUUUCAUGAAGUUGCAAUUCGGAGUAGAGGAUGAUCAUAUAAAAGAUCCAUUUGGACCGUCCCAACAGCUUAUGCACUUAGAAUUUACUCCUGGUUCUAAACAACAAGAGUCUUUGGUCAGUUUAGUUGAUCGUCAAGAGAUUUCGUUUAUAUAUAUCAUCAACUUCUUAUUGAAACUGAAGUCGUUGAGGCUGGUAUUAGAUGCUACUUCUCAUUACAAAUCCGAAAUGAUCUUUUUUGUUCGUUCAUUGUCCUGCUCAAAUGCCAAGGAGUUGGACAAAUCUGCCUCAAGACCUGGAAGCGCUCAUUCUAGUGUCGUUUCAUUUCCAAAGUUAAACCAAUUGGAACAGGAAAGAAACGAUGAAUUUAGAAUGCAGAAAGUUCUCAAUAAGCUCAAACUUAGAUCUCUCAGUGCUGUGAUAGUGCAUGGGUCAUAUAAGGAGAAGCUCACGUUAAUUGUCAAAUUUUGUAAAUUGUUAGAAACUGGAUCUUUUAACUUGUCUGUCCUUUCUGCUCACUACGGGGGAAACAUCAAUGACCCUAACCAUUUUCUCAAUACUAUCGGAACUCCUUCUCCUGGUAAACGUUUGCAUAUCAUAGCCAUUGAUCGUAUAGUAAAACUUUUGAUAGUAUUGGGGCUCUUCCAUUUAAUGGAUACUAUGGGUAUCAAUGAGGUGAGAGAAAGCUAUGUGGUCGAACUCUUUUCAUUGAGGGUACCAAUUGAAGACUGUCUACAAAUAUGGCCCAAGCAUAAUUUCAAAAUUGCUACUCUCCCAAGUGGAGAUAGACUUGUUAGUUAUGCAGCUCAAGUUACAAGUACUGAGGAAAGAUCUUUGAGCGCUAGGUUUGCGAAGAUGCAAGAGAUUUCCGAUACCACCAAGGAAUUGCAAAAAACGGCGAAAGUAUUGAACUAGGCACCAACUACGCGAUUUUAUAUCUGUAGAAGACGACAGAAUCCAGCUCAUAGUAUACUAUUAGAUAUCAAUUUUAGAUGGACUAUUCAGGUAGUAAACCUCAUUUAUACGAGGAUGUGAGGAGCAUAUUUACUAUAAAUUUGGACAAUAAGAAAUAUGAUUUUAAAAACUUGCUACAUGGUACUAACGGCCGUUGCAGCCAUUUUUGAUGGAUGUUGUUUCACGAAGAAAUAGUUUGAAUAAGGGAAUUCUAAGAGUUACUAAAGCUACCAAUGGAGAAUUUGCAUAUAUUAGUAAGGUCGGCUCUCUAAUACAUAGAUAAAAAAUCUUCUGC